CUUGUGUCCAGCACAUCCUAGGCCUCUUAUGCCCUAAUCUUCCCAACAGGAAACUCCUUCCAGGUCAACUAUGACAACCUACAGUGACAAGGGCGUGAAGCCUGAGAGAGGCCGAUUCCUGAACUUUCAUUCUGUGACCUUCUGGGUUGGCAAUGCUAAACAGGCUGCAUCCUUCUACUGCAACAAGAUGGGCUUUGAACCGCUCGCCUACAAGGGGCUGGAGACUGGCUCCCGGGAGGUAGUCAGUCAUGUGAUCAAGCAUGGGAAGAUUGUGUUUGCCCUCGUCUCUGCCCUCAACCCCUGGAACAAAGAGAUGGGCGACCACUUGGCGAAACACGGGGACAGCGUGAAGGACAUCGCAUUCGAGGUGGAAGACUGCGACUACAUCGUGCAGAAAGCCCGGGAGAGGGGCGCCACGAUCGUGCGGGAGCCCUGGGUGGAGCAGGACAAGUUCGGGAAGGUGAAGUUUGCCAUUCUGCAGACGUAUGGAGACACCACACACACCCUGGUGGAGAAGAUAAACUACACUGGCCGCUUCCUGCCUGGAUUCGAAGCCCCCAUCCUCAUGGACCCCCUACUUGCCAAGCUGCCUACCUGCCAUCUCGAGGUCAUCGACCACAUUGUGGGAAACCAGCCUGACCAUGAGAUGGCUUCUGCUUCCGACUGGUACCUGAAGAACCUCCAGUUCCACCGCUUCUGGUCUGUGGAUGACACGCAGGUACACACAGAGUACAGCUCUCUGCGCUCCAUCGUGGUGGCCAAUUACGAAGAGUCCAUCAAGAUGCCCAUCAACGAGCCUGCGCCAGGCAAGAAGAAGUCCCAGAUCCAGGAAUACGUGGACUACAAUGGGGGAGCCGGGGUUCAGCACAUUGCCCUCAAGACCCAAGACAUCAUUACGACGAUUCGGCACUUGAAAGAAAGAGGCAUGGAGUUCCUGGCUGUCCCACCCACAUACUACAAGCAACUGCGGGAGAAUCUGAAAUCAGCGAAGAUCCGGGUGAAGGAAAGCAUUGACGUCCUGGAGGAGCUGAGAAUCCUGGUGGACUACGACGAGAAGGGCUACCUGCUGCAGAUCUUCACCAAGCCCGUACAGGACCGGCCCACGCUCUUCUUGGAAGUCAUCCAGCGCCACAACCACCAGGGCUUUGGGGCUGGCAACUUCAACGCCCUGUUCAAGGCCUUCGAAGAGGAACAGAAGUUGCGCGGAAACCUUACUGACCUGGGCGCCAACGGGGUCAUGGCCAGCAUGUAGGCCCCACUGCCCGGGCUGACCCGCCAGCCAGGCCUGUCCGGCUCCCGGCCGCGUCCCGGGCCUGUGACCCCCCCACUUCUCCAACCCCUUGAACUUUAGAGAGCUCGACCUCCGCUCACCAGCCGGCUCCCUGGACUCGCAAGCUACGCCCACUUUAACCCCGCCCCCGUCCUAACAGGCCCCGCCCCGGAAGUGGGCGUGUCCGUGUUGGGGCUAGCUGUCCAACUGUUCUCUACCUGACCGGAGUCGGGAUGGAUCCGUGAUGGCUUCUCGCCUCCAGCGGGGAAGGACAGCUGGAAAACCGGGGGAUGCUGCUAAGAAUUGUGAAAUCAGGAUCUCGAGGGGCUUACCCUCUCUUGAAGGAAAGACAGAUAAUACGACACAAAGUAGCGGAAUUGCUGUUAAUAAAAGAAAGCAAGGUGACUUGA